GUGCAUCUCACAGCAAGUGCAGUCUUACCGAGAACAUGACGAAUCCGAUUAAACGUCUCAGAAGUAUACUAUCUGAGAAAGGAACCAUCAUCGACAUGGACGAUUUUCUCCUUAAUCUCUAUGAAAAAGACCUCAUUUCUGUUUCGCAAGAAAAUGACAUUAAGAAGAUGAAGAACUAUUCAGAGAAAAUGUAUGCCAUUUUCACCAUACUUCUCGGGAAAAACCCUUCUUCAACACAGGGAAAACUACUUAACGUUAUUGAAGCGAUGCACAGGGAGGACAUCAUAGAUCGUUGGGAAAAUGACUCUGCGAUUGGUGAAAAUCCGAUUUCCCGACGGGAUUUCCUGCUGGCGAACGAGGGCAUCUUGAAAGAACAUAUGAAUGUUGAGGUAGUGUCAACCGAACUGUUCAAUUCGGGGGUGUUAUCGCAAGCGGAUCUCGACGAGAUCAUGACGCCACGGGAGAAGAGGGAGAAGAGGACUGUGUUGUGGACGAAACUACUGACUAAGAUCGACCCGAGGAAUUUCGAGAUGCUCCUACAGGCACUCACGAAGGCUAAGCAAAAAGAUGUAACUGAGGAACUUCGAUCACAAGAGCGCAGUAUUUCUAGAGGGAAACCAAACAUUGAAAAUGACCUCUUGAACUCAAUUCCCUCUGACGAGGACCUUAGACGGAUCGCACCGAAACUGAAAGAAUCAUGGCAUGAAUGGGAAUCCCUCGGGAGAGAACUGGGACUCGGUUCGGACGCGAUCGACCGAAUCAAGUCGAAGAGAGGGAACCACAACAGCGAAUGUCCAAUGAGGACGACGUAUCUACUUCUGAGAGAGUGGAAGAAGUCCUCACCAAAGGACAGACCCUCCACGUUUCGGGCUCUCCACGAAGCCCUGUGCAACCAAGGCAUGGACACAAGUGGUCUCAUUGCCCUACUUUGCAGGAAGAAUUGCGAUGACAUCAAGGAGUGCCUGUAG